AUGGCCACCGAGUCCUCGUUUCCACCCCUCACAUCGAAACUCGACCUCUCGGGCCAACAAUAUCGGUCCAACCGGGAAACAUGGAACAGUGUCCUUGAGAGAUUUGAAGAGGCUCUGGGCCAAGUUUCUGUGGAAGGAAACGAUGUUUCCCUAACGCGUCAUCAGACCAGGGGCCAACUGCUACCCCGCGAUCGCAUUGCGCUUUUGUUAGACCAGGACUCGCCUUUUCUAGAGAUUGGCGCCUUUGCGGGCUAUAGGAAUCCCGAUUCCACACCCUGUGCCAACUUGAUUGCUGGGAUUGGGAAUGUUAGUGGACGCCCUUGUAUGCUCAUGUCGCACAUCCCAACCCAGAGCGGCGGUGCUUGGAACGAGAUGACAGUCCUCAAAACGAAUCGAAUCAUGGAGAUCGCUUUCGAGAACGAUUUGCCACUGAUUUCCCUCGUGCAAUCGGCCGGCGUUUUCCUCCCUCAACAGUUUCGCGUCUUCCACAAGGGAGGCCAACUAUUCCGAGAUCUCGCGGUCCGCACACAGCACGGAAAACCGUCCUGCGCCAUUGUCUUUGGCUCGUCCACGGCUGGAGGUGCAUAUCAUCCUGCUCUGUCGGACUAUACCAUCUUCGUCGAGAACCAAGGGCAAGCCUUUCUGGCAGGGCCCCCUCUGGUGAAAAUGGCCACUGGGGAGGUGAUUGGGGCAGAAGAGCUGGGAGGAGCCAAGGUACAUGCUAUGACGACUGGCCUGGCUGAUCAAAUUGCUACUGAUGAACUCGAUGCCAUCCGCAAAGCACGAGAGUGGGCGGCCUCACUCCGUGUACCCUCUCCCAAAACGCCGCUGGACUGCAUCGAGCCAUUGGCCCCAAGGUAUCCCGUGGAAGACCUUUUGAGCCUCGUCAACCCAGAUAUUCGCAAGCCAUUCGAUAUGCGCGAGGUCCUGCUACGCCUGGUCGAUGACUCGCGAUUGUCGGAGUUCAAGCCCGAGUACGGUCGCAACAUGAUCACUGGAUGGGCACACCUCUACGGCUUUCCGGUGGGAAUAGUGGCCAACCAGAUGUCCGUCAUCAAUCCGACCGAAGCAGCCAAAGGAGCGCAAUUCAUUCGCAUGUGCAACCAGCAAAACAUCCCAAUCAUCUUCCUUCACAACGUCACCGGGUUCAUGGUUGGCGCCAAAGCGGAACACGCAGGUAUCAUCCGGUUAGGCGCUCAACUCGUCUCCGCCGUCAGCUGCUCGACCGUACCCCAUAUCUCCAUCAUCAUGGGAGCAUCGUACGGAGCAGGCAACUACGCCAUGUGCGGCCGCGCCUAUCGCCCGCGCUUCUUGUUCACCUGGCCCAGCGGCCGGUGCAGUGUGAUGGGGCCCGAGCAGCUUUCGGGGGUGAUGGAAUCGGUGCAGACGGCGAGCGCCAAGGCCAAGGGACAGGCCCUGUCGCCUGAGAAGCUGAAGAAGCAGGUCGAGAGGUUUCGCGAUGCGGUGCAGACGGAUGCAGAGUGCUAUUCUACGAGCUCGAUGUUGAUCGAUGAUGGGAUUAUUGACCCGCGGGAUACCAGGGAUGUGGUUGGGAUGUGUCUGGAGGUGGUGACGAUGAAGGGGGUGAAGGGGACUUUUACUCAUAGGUUACUUGCGCGUAUUUAG